AUGCAAGCUGUAAGAGAGUUGAUUGUGAGGAGGGGAGAUAGGACUAGGGAGAGUAUGUUAGGGAGAGAGGAUAUGGAGAAUGUCGCUUAUCUCUUUCGUGCCGCCUUGUCAGAACUCAGGACGGAACUCUCUGUUAGGGCGAGAAACGAUGGCGCCGCUUUGAAAGCUAUGGCUGGAGCUAUACGGAGAGAGGUUGAUCAGUUGGAGCAGAAGAUGAAAGAAGAUGUGGGGACUUUAAAGCAUGACAUCGAAAUGGACAUGAACAAUCGCAAAAGCGAGACGCGAUCAGAGCUCAAGGGAUUUGACAUUGCCAUUGAGGAAAUCAACAAUAAAUUCACCAUUUCUCUUGGAGAUUUACGAACAGAGAUCGAAUCUGCCAAAUGGGACGCCACACGUCGUGCGAUCGGUCAGUCCUUCAUUUACCUUACCUGGUGGAAUGUAUCCCGAACUCCAACAAUCAUCCACAUCACAUCACCUCAUACGCAUACCUCAUUCGGUCACGGCUGA